GAGAGCUCCGCGCUCCGCCACCAUGGGCAGCGCGGGCGCGGAGGACAAGGAGCUGUAAGCCAUGUCUUCAUUUGCUGAGCAUCCAUGUCCUGGCCUUCCUACCUUCACCUCCCUGAAUGUCUUAGAACCCAUACCCUGAAGAUACAGUGUUCUCCCCAGCAAUUUAGAGAAUACAGGCUGACUCAGAGUAUGGCUCCUCUCAGUCAUGGCUGCAGUACAGAGCAGAGAUACUGGAACUCCCUUUAACCUGGCUGAGCAGUGCAGGCAAAGAAGCAAUAGAGGUGAAACUCCCACAGAGCCACCAGGAUGUGAUGCCCAAUGAUGAGCAGUAAUUACUGCAGCAACACUUCAGCCAGUAUGAGUGUCAACGAAAUGUCUGCCUUCCCUCUGACUUUAGAACAAAAAACUGGCUUUGCCUUUGUGGGGAUUUUGUGUGUUUUCUUGGGACUUCUAAUUAUCAGAUGCUUCAAAAUCUUGCUAGACCCCUACAGCAGUAUGCCUUCUUCCACAUGGGAAGAUGAAGUUGAGGGGUUGGAUAAAGGAACAUUUGAAUAUGCUCUUGCAUGAAAACUCACAGAAUAUCCUGCCUUAAAUUCAAUGUUGAUUUCAUUUUGGAAACCAACUGUUGUUACAUUUGUUAUACAUACCUGCAUUUUGAAGAUAUGUUGGUGGCAUCCAUUUUGUUAAAUAAAUAUUUGUUGCAAACUCAAAA